AAAACGCAUCAGCUGAAAGAGAUAAAGUUAAGGCUGAACAUGAGAACUUAAAAAUGCAUUGUUCUGAGCUUGAAGAUCAAUACAAAGAGUUAAAGUACCUAUUUGAUAAACUCACUCAAGAACGUGAUGACUUUCAAAAACAACUUGGAGAAACUCAGGAAAUAUUAGAAAAAAAGAUAAGGGCUGAAGAACAAAUGAAUUCUGAGGUUGAGGAGUUAGUGGAAAAAAAUUCAGUAUUACAAGAGAAUAUAAACGAAUUGGAGAAGGAAUUAGAAGAAUCUAGGCGUAGUCUGUCAUUGUGCGAAUCGAGUGAAAGACACUUCAAAGAAGUUUGGGAACAUGAGGUUGUUUGUAGAAGUCAACUUGAAAAAGAAUUACAGGAAGUUAGAAUAGAGAUGGAGGAAAAGUUGGGAUCAAUUGCAGACGAAAUGCAGGACAUGUCUCAAAAAGCAGAGGAGUUGAAGCAGCUUUGCUCUAGUCUGGACGAUCAAUUGGUUGAAAAGGAUCGGGAGAUAUCUCAGUUUGAAAAUACAAUUCGAGAGGGCAUUAUUCAAUACUCUCGGUUAGAGGAAGAUAAGCGAAGUAUUGAGGGAACCCUAAGAUAUGUACAGAUAGAACUGGACGAUUUGAGAUUAGAGAAAGAAAACUUAGAAAUGGAAAGAGAUACAUUAAGACAAGAAAAAUACAGGUUUGAAGAGGGAAUGAAAAUUUUAGAAUACGAGAAAGAAAGGUGGGAAGUGGAAAAAUUAGACAUGCAAUAUGAGAGGAAUAAAUUAGAACAAAAUAACAUUAUGUUAGAAGAUAGCAAUGUUAAACUGGUCCAGGAAAAGGAAAUACUGGAACAUAAUAACAGAGAACUGACGCAAGAGAAGGAGGGACUUAAUAUAGAAAAGGACCAAGUUAUACAAGAAAAAAAUAAGCUAUCCAUGGAAAAGGAAAAUCUAGAACGUGAAAUGGAUGCAAUUAUUAGAGAGAAACAUAGCAUAGAAGAGGAAAGGGAUCAACUGAAAAAGCAAAUAGACGUGCUAAAUGUAGAAUUGGAAUCAUUAAGAGGCUUAUAUGAAAUGUCGAACAAAGAUUUAAGGGCUCUAGAAGAAGAAUGGAAGAACUUCAAGCGUCAGGAGGAACUAACUAGAGAAUCUCUUGAGGCAAAUAAUAGAUUAGGAAUAGUAGAGCUGAAGAAAAAGAUGGUAGAUUUGAUUCAGGAAAAGGAUUAUUUGAUUAGAGAAAAAGAGUUAGAGCUAUCAUAUUUGGAAAGAGAAAAAGAGGGGCUGGUAGUGGAAUUGAAAGAAAAGAACGAGGAGUUGAAACGAAUUCAGGAUUUGCUGGAAGAGCUAAAAAUAAAAUCGGUGAUAGAAAAAGAACAGAAUCAGAAGGAAAACAUGGAACAACAAAACAGAAUUCAAGAACUUGAAAUUCAGGUAGGUGAAAUAGUAAAAGGAUACGAUAACAUGAAAUGCGAGUUUAGGAGGUGCACAGAGGAACUUGAAAACUUGUUGAACGUGAACACUGAGCUAGAAAGUGAAAAUGUGAAUUUAAAAAAUCAGAAGAAGGAUUUAGAAAAUGAAUUAAAUGACAAAAGAAUGGAGUAUGCGGAUACUCAAUUGCGUCAGAUGAAACUAGAAAUGGAUUCUGAAUACGAAUUAGAAGUGAGGAAAAAUAUGGAAAGGGCUAAGAAGCAAGAGACAAAUAUGAAAAUUUCAGAAGUUAAAAGAAAAUCCAAGGGUCAUAAUAAGACAGUAGAUAAAGAGCAUCAUUUAGGGUAUUCCAAAAGAAAACCAAGUCAAGCUUCGUUGACUCCAAAAACUACUUUAAGCGCCAAGAAGGUGAAUCCGCUAGACUUUAUAAUCUCUGAAUCGUUGUCCGAUAAGAUGCCUUCUUCCACGAAGCAAGAAAGUCAAAGUAAGGCUUUUUCAUCUAGAUCUGUACAAUCUCACAAAAAAGACAGUCGACCUUUAAAGUUUGGAGUCAAAUUACCAAAAAAUCCAGACAGAGAGAAGAAGGCACUAGAAACGUCCGAUGGAAUAUUCAACAAUGACGAUGAUCCUUUUGCAUUUAUAGAUUAGGAAAAAAAAGCAUUUUUUCCAGGCCUGGUUGGAAAUACGGGGCUCUUCAGCGUUACUUUUUAGUCUAAUGCAGAGGUCACAAAAUGAUAAAAGCAGAUCAAAAA